AUGCCGCGCCCUGACCGCGCUCCUGGUGUGCGCAAGCGGGCGAACGGGUGCAACCUUUUACACACUACAACCAGCACAAAGCCCAGACAGACAUCCAUGGGUGGUUUCUUGGUCAAGGACAAGACGAGUGUAGAUCAAGCACAUGGUUCCCUAUUUUCUGGUUUCCAAGCAUCAUCCGGACCGGACCACUCACCUGCAAAUACCAGCAAAGGCCAUCGUGUCCUGCCAUCAAUUUUUGCAAGUCGAUUUGAGCGGAAACACGUCAACAAGAGGCUCUAG